AUGUUCAUUGGAGGGCUUAAUUGGGAGACGACUGAUCAAUCUCUUAAAGACUAUUUUUCACAAUUUGGGGAAGUCCAGGAAUGCACUGUGAUGCGUGAUGGCGCUACCGGUCGGUCAAGGGGUUUUGGUUUCCUGACGUUCAAGGAUGCGAAAACUGUAAACACAGUAAUGGUGAAAGAACACUACUUAGAUGGCAAGAUAAUUGAUCCUAAGCGGGCUAUACCUCGAGAUGAACAGGAACGGACGAGUAAAAUCUUCGUCGGGGGAGUUAGUCAAGACGCAACUGAACAAGACUUCAAGAAAUUUUUCAUGCAAUUUGGACGGGUCGUGGAUGCGACCCUCAUGAUCGAUAAGGAUACAGGGCGCCCUCGAGGUUUUGGAUUCGUAACCUUUGACAGUGAAGCUGCUGUUGAAGCUUGUCUUUCACAACCACUAGAAAUCCUUGGCAAGCCGAUUGAAGUGAAAAAGGCGCAGCCUCGGGGUAACAUGAGAGAAGAAGAAGAUCGUAGAUUGCGCGGACGAGGGUUCCAAAAUGAAAGAUUCAAGGACGACAAAUCGGGCUCGAUGGAUGCUGCACAGCAAGGUGGGCAAGGCCAGGCAAACGUCGCGAACACUAUGACGCCCCAGAUGAUGGCGCAAUAUUGGCAACGCAUGCAACAAUAUUUUGCCAUGAUGCAACAACAAAUGGCGGUUGCUGCGGCCCAAGGCCAAGGAAUGGUUGGUGCCCCAGCGAUGGGUGGUAUGAAUCCCGCAAUGAUGCAGCAAAUGCAACAGUUGAAACAAAUGCAGCAAAUGAACCCUAUGGCGGGAGCCCAGCCGCAAGGAGCAGCGAUGAACCAGCCAGCCCAGGCCGCAGUUUCGCAAGGAAUGCAAGGCAUGAUGAAUCCCAUGAUGAUGCAACAAAUGCAGCAGAUGCAACAGAUGCAACAAUUACAGCAAAUGCAGCAGCUGCAAAAUCAACCCCCAGGCGGAACCCGGGUUACUGAACUUGUAUGCCAUCAGAUGACCGUGGGAACUGCGAUAUGA